UGUUCUGUGGGCGCGCUCGCUACGUGUGUGUAUGCGUGCUGGCAUGCGCGCUGGCGCCGGUGGUUCUGAAAAUUUGCACAUUGAGCUUGCCUGCAAAGAGGAAGCUUCGCCAGCUUUACAUUGCAGCGUGUGAGGAAGCAAUUAGGUGUGUCCUACGAGAUGCGGCCAACGCGCUUCCGUUGCGCGUAGUUGUGUACUGUGUGCGGCGGUGUGCUCAAGACUGGCAUGGUGGGAUGGGCAGCAAGUGUGCAGUUAUGCACCGGCUGCUUCAAGUGCGAAGGAUUCAUGCAGUUGAAAUGCGGAUAAACAUUGCAACGAGAGUUGCCUGAGCAUGGCUCCCUUUGUAGUCAGGACGAUGGGAAUGGGACCUCCUCAUAGACCUGUGACCUCCUGAGGGUCCCCCUUGGAAGAUUAUGAGGUUGUGGUGCUGUCUGGUGGUGAUAGUGGCAAUCAGCGGUGUGUCCGUACUGGUGCUGCUACCACUGGUCGAGUCGCCCGGGCACCACCCACGGCUACAGUCACGCCAGGGCAGUGCCUCUCGACUUCACUUUCGCGCUGGCACUCGGAGUACAACCAGGGCAGACGCUGUCGGAGCUGCUGCAGUCCCCGAUGCCUCACGAUUAGGGGCAAUCUACAAUGCAGAGGAUCAACGGAUCAAGGUGGAGGGCUACCACCAGCACGCCUUCAACAUGCUCAUCAGCAACCGACUGGGAAAGGUGCGCACCCUGCCAGAUACACGCAACCCCCUCUGCCGUCAGCAGGUGUUUGAUGAGCAGUCACUGCCGACAGCCAGCGUGGUGGUGUGCUUCUACAACGAGGCCUGGUCGGCACUGGUGCGCACCGUGCACACUGUCCUCGAGCGCACCCCAGCCGCUCUCCUUUAUGAGCUUAUCCUCGUGGAUGACAACAGCACCUUGCCGGAGCUGGGGAUGCAGCUGGCUCGCUACGUUUCUUCCGAGCUGCCAUACAACGUGCGCCUCAUACGCACACCAGCACGAGAGGGACUCAUCCGUGCCCGCAUGUACGGUGCACGAAAUGCUUCAGGACAGGUGCUGGUGUUCCUGGACAGCCACUGCGAAGUCAAUGUGGGCUGGCUAGAGCCCAUGCUGGCACGCAUUGGGGCCAACCGCACCACGGUCACUUGCCCCGUCAUCGACAUCAUCAAUGCGGACACCUUCGAGUACAGUGCAUCGCCCAUUGUGCGCGGCGGCUUCAACUGGGGACUCCACUUCAAGUGGGAAUCUCCACCCAGGCUGCGGGGGCCGCGGCAAGCCAUUGACCCCAUACCUUCACCGACCAUGGCCGGUGGCCUGUUUGCCAUGGACCGGCGGUACUUCCACGAGCUGGGCGAGUAUGAUGACGGCAUGGACAUCUGGGGGGGUGAGAACCUGGAGAUCUCCUUCCGGAUCUGGAUGUGCGGAGGGCGGCUGGAGAUCCUGCCCUGCUCACGGGUGGGGCACGUGUUCCGGCGCAGGCGCCCCUAUGGAUCUCCAAGUGGCGAGGACACACUGACAAAGAACUCGCUUCGCGUGGCGCACGUCUGGAUGGACGAGUACAAGACGUACUACCUGCAGACACGGAGGGAUGCCCGCAACCAGUGGUACGGGGACGUGUCGGCACGAAAGGAACUGCGUAAACGGCUCAAGUGCCACUCCUUUGACUGGUACAUGCACAACGUCUACCCAGAGCUGAGGCCGCCCAGCCCCGAAGACCUGGCACCCCCCAAGAAGCGCAAGAAGUUCCCUCCACCCAGGAACCUUGACCUGCUGCGCCGAAAGACUCCCACCGUUGUUGGCCGCUUUCAGCUGCAGCUGUCGGGUACUCAUCUGUGCGUAGAGUCCGAGGACGACGUCACCACCAAGGGCACUGUGUUCUUGCUGCAGGAAUGCGCCAAGGUUAAGCGCCAGCUGUGGUACGAGACGGCGCUGCACGACCUGCGCUUGGCGCAGCGGCUGUGCCUAGAUGGGGGCGACGAGUACCCACGACUUGCCAAGUGCCACGAGAUGGGCGGCUCCCAAGACUGGCGCCAUUCCAGCAAUAAAAGCACCGCCCUGUACAACCUGGCGGCUGGCCUCUGCCUGGGCGCCAAGAAGGCCAGCGCUGGACAGCAUGUCACGCUUGAGAUGUGCAAUGACUCAAAGGUGGUGCACCACUGGGACUUCCGCCUGGUGGGUGCGCACUGACGCGCCGAAUCUUAGCAGUCACCAUGCAGAGUCUCUGUCAGAGUAUGUGAGCGAUCCCGUGACAAAACAUACCGGUGUGCUGCAUGUGAUCACGUGGACAUUCUUUGUGAUGACACCCUUCUUCGCCUUUGUGAGGCGCUAUGAGAGACUUUGCACUGAAUAUGUAUGUUUAAUGUGUGUUCAAACAGUGUCUGAAUCUCGGCUGCCAUGCACAGUAGCGUGCGCAGUUUUCUGUGCAGUUGGUGUUCUCUGCGGCCUCUGUGUAUUUGGGUGACUCAUAGGGAUAGAAAGUUGGGAGAAUUCUGCAUUUGAGGCAAAGUCAGUGGUACUUGCUUUUUGACUGGUACUGAAGAGACACUUAAGUAGAAUAUUGGAUCAGCUUUAUAUCGGUGCAGCAUUCUUCCAAAUUUUGCCAGAGACGUUGAUUUCUUUAAAUGAGAAAAAAUUGUGGCCGAAAUAUUUAUUUCUGAAUUUCGAGCCCACACUGCAGUCACUGUAGGGUUAUGGGCAUAAGAUUUCUUAUUUUAUGUGGGACCAUUCUGUGCAGGAAAAUGAGAUGAAGAUGGCCAAUUUGAGCCUUUACUUAACUUCGAGUGCAAUCUGUUCUCUUUAUUGGUUAAAAUGAUCUAGCCAUGAAUAGGCCAUCAAAAUCUAUGGUUUCGUGGGAAGGUGGCUCAAGGAUUUCAAAGCUGCGUCACCAAUUGUCUUUUGUUUAUUUAUUAAUCUUUUUCACUGGCUUUUCAAGCCUUCACUGAUGAUAAGGCUGACCUAUCUGCUAUUGCUGCAUGUUAAUCUGGCAAUGUAGAUUACCUUAAUACUUCGCUCCAGUGUCUCUUAAUGUGUGGUUGUGCAUAGAUGUUAACACCAUUACUUUUUUUCAGUAACUGUGAUAAACAUCAUGCAAGAUUAAAUGACACUUUUAUUUAGAAUUCGGCGAUAGGCAGAGUCAGAACAUAAAGAAUGCAAAAACCCACUGCAAGCACCCAUAAGGGAAAACUUCUGUUGGUAUGGCGAAUGCAUGUAUAAUUGGUGAUGACGUGUCUUUAUACCCGAACCUGCAUUAUUGCAGUGGUUGCCGCCACAAUGUUAACCUUUCUAUGCCCAUUUCUGACUACCCUUUCUAAAUGUAAGGACAAUUAAUUGAUGUGUCUGUGGGCUGCAUAGGACUGUACAUUCUUGAUGACAAAGGAUAUUCGCCUCGCUACUUAUGGAUGUGCAAGGACAAUGGGACGUCUCACGCAGUCAGCUAGCAUGGAAGGUGCCUGAUAUUUAUUUUUUUUCGCAAGCAAUAUAGAUAGCCGAAUGUAAGCCCUCUUGUCUCGUGAAAUCAAUGUCGUGUUUGAGCCUUGCCUAGCAUCACUCCAUAUGGACGCGAGCUGAGCUCUGCCCUUUACAGGCAGGGAGCUCUGCAGGGGCUUUCAUGGUGAGCAGCCAAGUGUGUCUGUGGCCCACUAUAGCUGUAGCAACUGCCAGGCCUGCUGUUACGAUUAGGAGCCCUGACAGCUGUGCCAGGUCGAGGUCUUUAAUCAUACUAAUUUUGUAAAUGUGCUUCGUACUGUUGAUCCUUUGCAGAAUCUGUUGACCUACAUGCCAUCAGUCAGUGACAAAAUGAAACUGCUUUGGUGUGUUGUAGCCUAUGAAGUGCUUUAGAGUGCCGAAAAUGGCAAAUCUGGCUGUUGGGAAAUGCCAAACAUUAUGCCUUAAGGCACAUCUCCAUUGCGAUAAAAAGGAAAAGGAAAGAAGAAAGAAAAUGCUGUUUGUUUAUUUGGUUUUGCUUAGAGUGGGCUCAUAGAUCUGUUUUUCUUCUUGUUACUGUGCCCAUUUAGUCUUGUCGUCCAUAGGGAUGCAAGAAUCGGCAGACCUCCAUGCUUUCUGCCAAUCACCGUGUCUGGACAUGAGGGCUAUGGAGAAUUUUGCAACUGGCAUGAUUGAAGAGCUGUGGCACUAUUCACCCCAGCCACUGCAUGUCAGAUGCUGCCUUGCCACGUCUGGGGUGUUUGUAGUGUUUGGCUGUGGAUAAAUUGGCUCGCCACCUUGCUUGUGGAGUACUUGAAGUGAAUCUCAUGCUCUUCUUUUAGGAAUCCCCUAAAUGUGGCAUGCAACUUGAGGUGCACGUGUCUGUUGCAAAAGCGAGAUACUAACGCACCAUAGGGUAAAGCCAUAAAUUUGAUGGGACGUGCGGAGAAAGCCGGGCACAUGCUUGUGCUGGUGAUAACAAGUUUAGUGUAUACUGCUACCUAUUGCAGAUGAUAAUAACUAAGUCUAGUUGUAAUUACACCCACCAUUUGAUGUUUUAGCAAGGAGAAAAGUUCACCCAGAAAACACUCACAUUUAAGUCCCAAGGGCGGUGCCAUGAAUGAAAACGUUAUUCUCCAGUUGAGCAUUUGAUCUGUCAGAUAUGAAGGAAAUUAAGGAGCUUACUAAAAUGAGUAGCUCUCCUCCCAGCUUAGAAGGUUUACUAGGGGCAUGUGCCCAAUAGUGACAAUUACUACUUGAGGCUAAUCGUGCGAAUCAUACUCUCCACUUCUUAUUUCUCCUUUGCUGCCUGUGACUGAGAUUGUAAUAUAGUUAGACAUUGUUAGUGGUACUGCAGGUUUGUUAUAUGUGACAUCGUAUCCGAACUCUUUUUUCUAUUUAUUGCAUGUCUGUACAACUGGUUUUGUAGGCAGGCCAUGUGCUUACGUAUCUGUUGUCUGGCAUUUUUCUAUUUUACUGUGCAAUCUCGAGAGUACGGCUGUGGCGCUGGGAGAAUACAGGGGCUUCUUUUAUUUUGUACCUACUUAGGGUUCUGCAGGUUACUGGUCCCCAAAACUAUUGUAGCGGCGAUAAGAGACAGUGCAUUGUAGUGGGAAAACCCGCUUGUUGUGGCUGAAAUGUUAGAGUGCACUGCUGUCGGAGUUGCACUGUUGGAAUCACAAGAGGUGCCAAAAAUAAUUGCAUCACAUAUUUUGGUGCCUUGGAAUUAAAAGUUAUAUUAUUGGUAUGUCACAAAAUGACGCCCAGGAACAGAAUGCUUUCUUUGAAAAUAAUUUUGCUUGUAAAUCUGAUGCUUCUAUUGUUUUGAAAGGGUGAACUUGUGGAAACAGUAGACCCUCGUUGAUACAAUCCGGUUACAUACAGUUUCUCAGCGCCAACGUUUCUCAGCGCCAACUCAAAAAGUUACCCAACACAGUGGCGGUUCCUUCUUUUGCGCUUAAUGCGUUCCCGGAAAAAUAUAUUCUUUCAGCACCAAACUGCAAUUGUAUAUGUUUUACAGUCACUAGAUCUCAUGUAAACAAGAAAAAGUGCGAGGCAAGAGGUAUCGAGAACGGCAGCUGCCUGCCACAGCAGCUUUCUCACAAUAUACAUUGUCCGCCUGUCUCACGUGAAUAUGCCGGCUGGCACUGAGUUUCCUAUUAUGGUAGCAGCAAAUCUCCUCCUGGUUUGCCACCUAGGAGGAGCGAUGUCUACUCGGGUGACUCAAAUCUCGCACCGUAGCUACACUACAAAGGAAGUCCAUGAGGCUUUUGGCCUUGCUAGUGUUGCUAUAGUCGUCAACCCGAUUGCAAUAAGCAUUUUCACCUAUCUGUGUCACAGUGCAUUGGGCGUAGUGCCGCUUUUAAUAGGGGAUAAACCUAAUAUGCGCUGUCAUUACCUGCUGCAGAGCAAAGUGAGCAUCACGUUUCACUCUGGGGGCAUCGUAGGCAUCAUAUUCCGAUGUCUCCCACCAGCUCGAUUUCGUUUCGGUUUCCCGUCGAUUUAGGAAAACGAGAAUGUGCAUCUCGCAUCAUUUGGGCCCCAUCAGCUCGACGCUCAUCGGCAGCUCGUGUCACAACAAUUCGUGCCGAGUGGGCACGUCAAAACUUCCCAGGCUGAAUUCGAAGAACACGAGCACAAGCUUGCCAAAGCCACAAGAACAGCAAUGCCCAUCUUGAAUUGCUCGGGCCCCACCGGCGUGCCAUGCAUUGGAAUUUCCUGCUGCAAUGCUUUGCAGUACGUAGAUGUAAGCCACACUUGAGCCUGUCAAAUUUUUUGGUGAUUUUGGAUCGUAUGUCUCAUCAUAGCGCAUUCUUUCCUGCAUUAUUCUCCAAAAUGUAUGAACGAGGUUCUGCUGUAGUCACACAGUCAUGCAAAACUGCCUUUUCUUUCUCUGUGUAUUACACUCAACCAGGCUUUGAGUGGUCUUUUACCUUGAUUUUACCAUCUGCUUAGGCACCUACCACUCAUGGCAGGUCACACUGUUGUUGCCGUGUUGUGGGUCACUAAUUCUGGGUCGCUGAGCAGAGCCACUGCGCGAAACAAUGAUACAUAGGUUGCACAUCAAUGCAGCUUCAAAUCGCAGGUAAUGGAUAGCCUGUACCAGUUAUUUACCUACUAUUGGUGAUUUGAGCUUAUCUGAGAAAAAGAGUUUGCAGUCCGGGACUUUAGGUUUAUCAAGGCAGCCAGAAACGGAAGGGGAAAUGGAGGGUGUCAUAAAGGGGAAACGGUGUAUUUCUGUAGCGAAAUUUUCACGUGUAAGGACCAUUUGGCCAGAGUGUUAUGCUCGUCACUGCUUCUGUUCUUGGGCCAUUUUCCCAAUGCAGAAUAAGAAUAGGAAAAGUAAGAACAUAGAUGGCACAAAAGUCAGGAGGAGGUUAGCACACUCGCGAAAUUUACCGUUACGUACUUCCAUCAUCUUCGUCUCUUGCCACAAAUUCCUUCCCCUUGUAGUGGGGAAAUAAUCCGCUUUUGCACAAGCUGUAUCACUUUUCAAGGGCAUAUUUGACACCGUGCUAACACAUCAGGCCACGGCUGUUCAGGGAGACAGCAGACACUCAAGGGGUUAGUGUUAACACAGUGGUUGGGGUGCUCACUGGCUGAGGAGACUUCUACAUUACCCUGGCUUCAUUCAUCUAGCACUGUGGUUACCUUGUAAAGUUGGCUUUCCAUCUUGCACUGUACAUCUGUAAAUAGGUGUUCUUCAUACUGCAUGGAGCAAAUUGCUCGUGCAAUUAAUACAAAGCCACGACAGUUGGGGUGCAGUGAGUUGUGGUGUGGCAUGCUUACAGUAGUACAGCACCUUGACAAGUGACAGGCAGUUGCAAGCUAAAGUGUAGAGACUGCAGGUGCUGUAAAGGAAAGAAAGAAAAAAAAAAGAAACAAAUCUUUGCGUCAUGGAUCCUUGAUGUGUGGCACAUCAAAUCGAGUGGCACAACAUAUGUGUGCAUGUUCCAUCAGUGAGGUGUAUGUCUGAAUUUCAGGCUGCAGAGCUACACCAAAAGAAAACCUUAAUUUUUGGCUGCCACUGUUGCCUCCAAAGUUUUACCCACUACGGUACAAACAUAUCCUGCUUUUAAAACUACUUUCUCACUUUUUGACACUCUGCUAAGUCACUCCAAAAACAGAAGUUUUCCUAGACUUCUGCUGUUCAUGAUUGUAUUGCACUUGGAAUUGCACUAAAGGAAGAACUAAGGAAUGAACAUAACUUUAUGGUACAAGCAUUGUCAUGUGGACAAAGCAUGAAACUGCCACAAAGGUCCCUGAGCAAGGCAUUGCUCUAAAACUGGAUGUGUGUCAAUCAAGGUCAUUUUACCCCACAUGGAAAGACAGAAGCUGUAGCAGUGCCCUUUCUGCUGCAUGUGCUAGCAGACAGUUGCUUGGAGAGCUGCAUGCCAUUUUUUCUAUGCACAGCAUUCGUAUUUAUUCGAAUGUUGGCAUCGCCUUUAAGUGUCAUGUGCAUGGUAACAGUAAAUAUUAACUACAGAAUCGCAGAAUAGUUAUGGAGCCUCUUUGCUCCAUGUGUGUGCCCUUACAUAUUACCCUUACUACGACUGCCCCAUCUGUUUGUGACAAGGUAAAAUUGAAAUGACUGCUUUGCUGUGCCGUAUCUCUUGAAGACAUGAUUUAUUACCUUAGCAUUACCAGGUUCACUUCCCAGCGGCGGUGAGUGCUUUUGAACAGGGGAAGAGUGGGAAAAUGCUCUUGCAUCUAGCUUAAGUUGUACGUUUGAGCACCCCAUUUAUCCAAAUUUUAUGGAGCCCUCCACUACAGUGUUCCUUGCUGUUUCUGCAUCCCCUUGAUAUGUUAGUUGGCACCUAAACAAUUAGUCAGCUGCUUUAGCUUGAUAAUGUGGCACUAGGAUCAUUUCCUUGCUGGUGGAAGAACGCAGUGGAAAAAAGUGCAGAGUGUCUUCUGUCAGUCAAUUGCAGUUCUUUCUGGCAUCAGAUUUAAUCCACCAAGAACCUUUGUAUUUACAGAAACUUCAAUAAGAAAGUAAAGUGUGUUAGAAGCGUUUGGUUGCUGUGGUGAUAAUCAGUGCGCGACAGAGAAGAAAUCAUAAACGUGCUUAGCAUUUAAAAAUGAUAUAAAUGGACAGCAGCCAGCAUUUCAGGGAUAGGGAUAGGCAUACGAGAAUGCUAUAAUAAAGGCACAAACGUA